UAAGGGUGACAAGAUGAUGUUCACAGGCACAACGCAACAGCAAGACACUCGCUUUAGCGACAAAGAGAAAAAACUCAUGAAACAAAUGAAAUUUGGUGAUUGUCUAAAUAAACGUGUCGAUAUGUCCAAAGUUAAGCUGGACGUAUUGAGGCCAUGGAUAAGUAAGAAGAUCACAGAAAUCCUCCACAUCGAAGAUGAUGUUGUAGCCGAAUUCGUCUACAACCAACUGGAGGAGGAGAAAUUCCCAUGCCCAAAGAAAAUGCAAAUUAAUAUGACUGGCUUUCUGAAUGGACCAAAUGCACGACAGUUCAUGGGUGAAUUAUGGGCUCUACUAUUGUCUGCACAAGAGAGUGAAACCGGUAUACCGGCUGAAUUUAUACAGCAGAAGAAGGACGAAAUUCUCAAAAGAGAUGAAGAGAAUCGACAUCGUGAACGUAAUGAUCGUUCACGGUCGAGGUCACGUGGACGAUCUCGUUCGAGAUCCCGUUCACGUUCUCGAUCUCGUGAUCGUAAUAGACGUGGUCGUGGUGGAUCUCGAGGCUCCGUUGGCGGCGGCGGCAGUAAGGAACGCGCUCUAACACAAAAGGAACGAGAACAACAAUUGCCACCGAGUACCUUGAGUGCCAUUGAACAGGUGCGAUCACAUCUCUCGGCUAAAAACAACUCUUCCAAUUCAGAUGAACGCAAAAAUAAGGAAAACAAUGACAAGUCCACAAAUAAUACCGAAUCUUCAAGAGAAACGGCAAAAAAGGAUCGCUCACGUUCCAAAUCUAGGGAGAAGAAGGCGGGCAGUAGGGACAGAUCACCGCGCCGAGGUAGAUCACCACGUAAACAAUCUCGUGAGCGUUCCAAGCAACGAGAACGUUCGCCACGUGACCGUUCUUCUCCGUCACGUAACAAACGCAAUGACUCGAGACGUGGAUCCAGGUCACCGAGGAGGCGCUCGCCGGAGCGCCAACGGAAACGUUCACGUUCUAAAGACCGCAGUGCAAGACGACAAAAGUCACGUUCCGCAUCACCGCCGAAACGGAGAGAACGCACUAGAUCUAGAGAUCGUAAAUCUCGUUCUAGAUCGUUGGAUAAGAAAGCUCCAAAAUUGAGUCCGACGCCACGUAAAUCUAUAUCCCCCAGACGCAGACGAUCCAUAACACGGGAUUCCAAUUUAGCUCAAAAUGGUCACGACAAAAAGGGUUCUGUUUCCAAAAAUCCCCGCAAUCCUUUCGCCACAAAACCUCUGCCACCAAAACGUUCGUUAUCCCGUAGUCGCAGUCGCAGUAGAGUAUCACACGAUCGUAAACCUCGUUCACCGCAACGUAUGUCUCGUUCAAGAUCCCGUUCUCGGUCCCGCAGUCGAUCGAGAACACAUUCAAGAUCUCGCAGCCGAUCGCGUACACGUUCCAGAUCCCGCAUGCGUUCCUCUCGUUCACGAUCGCGUUCACGUACCCGAUCUAGAUCACGAUCCCCAUCCCGCAUUUCCCGUUCUCGAUCACGUUCACGCUCUCGUUCGUCCCAUAUAUCCAAUCAUAAGCGCAAUAGUAACCGACGUUCUCGUUCCGCUAGUCGAUCUCGUUCUCAUGGAACGCCACAGGAGAACUUUGAAUUGAAGCGCAAUAAAAACAGUAUACAAAACAAACGCCAAUACCGUAAUAAUCGAGACUCUUCGGCCAGUUCUUUUGAUAUGGGUGGAAGAGGUGGAGGAGGAGGUGGUCCUGGAGGAGGGGGUGGGGGUAAACGUGGCGAAUCACGUAGCCGUGGAGGACGUGGUGGUUAUAUGCAAAAUCGUCGCCGUUCACCGCCACGUUUCGAUGAUCGACGACAACAGCGUUCCCGUUCCCGUCGCAGAUCCCGUUCACCACGUCCAAGAUCGUUUUCACGCAAUCGCUCUCGGUCGCCAAGAAGGUUUAAUAAUCGCAGGCGAUCACCCCUCAAUUUCCGUGGCAAUAAUAGAGGCAAUCGUGGUCGUAUGAAUCAAUGGGGACGCCGUAGUCCCAGCCGAGAUCGUGGUGGUCCCAUUGGCGGAGGAGGUGGCGGUAGAGGUGGUGGUAUGAUGGGAGGCGGUGGUGGUCGUUUUGAUCGUCGCUCACCCCAGAGACGUUUUUCGAGAGAACGUCGCUCUUCUCCACGACAAUAUCGCAAUUUUUCACCGCAAAAACGUUUUUCACCACAGCGGCCAUCAAGAGAUCGUCGCAACAAUUCUCUCGAUCGUCGUCCCCUAUCACCAGUACGUGUAUCACCACAACCUAAUAAACGACGUUCGAAAUCGACCAGCACAAACUGGGAAGAGGAUGGACAAUCAGAUGAAGUCAAAAUACCCGUAACGGUAUUUGGACGUACUGUUGACUCGAGACUAUCGCCGCGUAAACCCAUUGUGAGCAAAAGGGAAAAGCGUGAAGAGAAGCGCGAGGAGAAACGUCGUCGGGAAUCGAAUAAAUCUCGAGGCGAUAGUACAGGUAAAUCUCUAAGAUUUUACGCGGCAUUUCAGGGAAUUUUAAAACCAAAUCCCUAUGAUAUUAAUAUUCCCUUCUUUCCAUUCUCUUUUCCAGGACGCUCUUCGGUUGAAUAUUGUGCUCCACCCGUUAAACUUAUCGAUUUGUCUCACGAAGAACAAAAUGAUAAACAAAACAAAUCUAGACAAGAACCGACACCAAUUAAGACUAAACCCGAACCUUCGCCGGCUCCGAUAGAAACUACUAAACCUAAAAAAUCUGCACCACUACCCCCUGCACGUCGUGAUCGUUAUAGCGUUAGCUUAUCCAGAACACCAUCGCCGUUCCUCAAACCACAUGAACGCAAACAGGCGGCAGCAUCAGCGGAUUAUUCAGCUGUGAACCAAAAGAAAUCAACUGCUGCCGCAGAUAAAAAAUCAUCUAGGAAAUCUCGACAAGAUAGCGAAUCAAGUUCCUCUGAUAGUUCAGAUGAUAGUGAAGAUAGUGAUGAUGACGAUGAUAGCUCCGAUGAGGAGGCGGAACAACAAAAGAAUAAAUUGCGUAAAGAAAAGGAGAAAGCUGCAGCGGCUGCAGCCCUUAAGCAGCAACAACAAAAGGAAGCCAGUAGUAGAAAAGCAGCUCCAGUGGUAGCCACCACCACUACCAAAUCGAGUAAGGACAAAACGGAAAAACAACAGGAAACCGCUACAAAGGCUUCUUCUUCCUCUGCCCGUAAGCCACAAAGUUCAUCAAGUGGCAGUGAUUCGGAGGACAGCGAAGAUGAGAGACAAAGACGCAAGAAGGCCAAACUACUGGCUGCGAAGAAUUUUGCAAAUAACAAAGAACCCGCCAAACCGGCAGCAACAACAAAUCUUAGUAGCAAUAACAAUGAUGAUGAACGAAGAAGGGACAAAUCAGGUGAUAAACGUAAAGAAUUACCACCGGGUACUGGGGAAACAUCUGCCUCUUCGUCCUCUCACAAACGAUCAAAGGCAAGUGCGGAAAAUGUGCAAAUUUCUUCCUCUAAGAAAGCUGUGCAAAAAUCGGAACCCAAACGACAAAAAUCCGAUUCCGAAGUUGAGGAAAAUGACAGAACAGCCGAGGUGGAAGGAAAGGGCAAAUUGGGUUCACGCAAACGAACGCAUUCACUGACAAGUCAUAAGAAAUCCAAGAAUGAUUCCUCCGAUUCCGAGGAUCAGCAUACGGUAGCCAAAAAGAAACGCAAGAAGUCCAAAAAGACAUCCAAGCGCAAUUCGGACGAUAGUUCAUCCGAUUCCGAGGAGGAAUCGAGCAAAAAGAAAAAGCAUAAGAAACACAAGAAGCACAGCAGCAAGAAGAGCAAAAAACACAAGAAACAUAAGAAGCGUAGCAAGAAGGCGGCUGAUACAUCCUCUAGCAGUGAUGACGACGAUGCCUCUGAGGUGACAUACAAAAAAGACGACAAAGCCUCCUCAUCCAAAGCGGCCACCGCCACGACAGCUUCCCUAUUGCUGGGUGGUGGUGUCAACGAAGAUCUAGAAAAACAAUUAAGAGAACGUGCUCUGAAAUCUAUGAAAAAGUUAGAUUAGCUUAACUUUAUGUGUUAAGA